CGCGGAGCUAAGGCGACAGGCGGCGGCUGGGGGCCGACAUGGACAAGCUGAAGAAGGUGCUGAGCGGCCAGGACACCGAGGACCGCAGCGGUCUGUCCGAGGUUGUGGAGGCAUCAACGCUGAGCUGGGGCACCAGAAUAAAAGGCUUCAUCGCAUGUUUUGCUAUAGGAAUCCUCUGCUCACUGCUGGGUACUUUUCUGCUGUGGGUGCCCAGGAAAGGAUUGAGCCUCUUUGCAGUGUUUUACACCUUGGGUAACAUGGCAUCAAUUGGGAGUACCGCCUUCCUCAUGGGGCCAUUGAAGCAGCUGAAGCGCAUGUUUGAGCCUACGCGUCUGAUUGCCACAAUCCUGGUGCUGUUGUGUUUUGCACUUACCCUGUGUUCUGCCUUUUGGUGGCAUAAAAACGCACUAGCGCUCAUCUUCUGCAUUUUGCAGUCUUUGGCCUUGACAUGGUAUAGCCUUUCCUUCAUACCAUAUGCAAGGGAUGCUGUGAAGAAGUGCUUUGCUGUGUGUCUUACAUAAUGCAUGGCAGUCUGCAGAGAGCGCCGCGGACGGAAGCUGGUGGACCGUCUUGGAAAUGCCCUCUGGACUCCGUCUCACAGACACAUGCCUUUCACUUGCAGCAACGUGGUGUUUGCAAUUUGGACAUUUUUGAGGGUUGCCCAUGGGAGCAGUCAUGAAUCCUAAACCCCAGUGUCUGUAGCACAAUGUGAGGUUCUGUGGCUAGUGUAGGGGACUCUUCCUUGUGACCAUUUUCCUCUCUGGAUGGCAUCCCACCAAGUUCUCGCAGAUCAGACUUUGUUUAAUAGCAGCAGAUAAGCUGCAGGAGCCACUGAUUCCCAGGUGGUGGCAGGAAGGCCUAGCAGAUAUUAUAGGGUUCAGCAGGAAGGGCAGAAUUUUGAAGAUUUGCCCCUCACCAAGGAAACCAUUGUCACCACCUCACACAGUAUCAUCCCUGGUGUUUCUGCCCUUCCUGCAACCCUGGAGAGCCUGCCCUGGGCACACUGCCCUCCUGUGGACUGCACCGUCUUGUUCAAUCACAACUGGCUAUGGAAUGUCUUUUCUAGUGUUGAGUGGGAUUCUUUCUCUUGCCCUCCCCCUCCCAUGUCUCUUGUCUUGUGAUCUUGGGACACUGCUUGAUCGAGAGUGAAGUAGUGGCCUAAAGAACUAUUUGCUUUUGGACAGGAGCCACCAGAAAGUGAAAAACCUUCAUGUUCCCUGCUCUGUUUAUUUUUCUUCAUUAUUUAUAAAUGUUUACUUUUAUUGAUUGUAUUUUCCGUUCUUCACUGGAGUUGGGCCAAGGAAAGUGCAUGGGAAGACAGAUCCCUUGUGGGGCCAGCAGGAAGUAGGCAUGCCAGCCAAGUGACGGUCAGUGCUCCGGCGUUGACACUAAGCCUGAGUGUCACUGCAAAGACAGCAGCCCGCAGGUGGUCAUGUCUCAGCCUAUGCCUAGCCAUACACACAGUGUUCUUGUGUUGAUGAUCUUAUCUGGUCCUCAUGGGAGCCAUGUGAGGAAGCAGGAUUGUUGUCUCACUGUACAGUCAAAGGACCAAGGCUCAGAUGGGUUCCAUGUCACCUGACCAUAGCUGUGACAGGGUCAAGCCAGAGUCCUUGUCUCCUUCGUGAUGGCAGCUCUGGUCAUCUCUCAUAACCCUUUCCUUGUUUUGAUCAUCCUAGCCUGUGCCUUUUCUGGUUUCAGCAUCUAUGUUACCUGUGCCAUGCUCUAUCUGUUCCCCCAUCUCACUUUUUGCAGCUUCCCUCUGCAUCUAUAGGAUGGCCACCAUCCCGUGUCACCUGCAGCUGCUCUUUGCUUCCCAGGCACCGUCAGAGUUCCUGGUAAUCCAGGUUUACCCUUUGCUCUUUGUGCAAGGCCAGAUCUACUCCGACCUCUGCUCUGCCACCCCCAGACCACAGGUGGUGAGCACUCAUCGCUUUGGUCGUGUGGCCAGUUGCUGAACUGUGCCUAGUAACUCUGUCUUUUCCUCUGAGGGGAGAAGAAUGGAUAGACAGAUUAGGGCAGAGGGCAGCCCAGCCAUUCCAGAUUCUUUCCAUGCUGCUGAGGUACCUGUGAGGUCUUCAGCCUUUCUUUAGUCAGGAAAGAAAGUUAUAUACUCCCCUCUGGCUUUUUGAGGCACAUUCAUAUCCUAGGAGCCUUGGGAAUCAGUUCGGGUCUCAGACUGGCUUAGGUGUCAGAAGGAACAUGAGGAGUUUAAGGGUGCCCGUGGUGCGUAGCUGACAUGAGGCUAGGCUUGUUGCUUCAAGCUCCAACCAUCUUGGAGUCAUGCACCUGAAAGGCUGACCCCUCCAUGCCCUUGUAAGUGACUGGACUUGAGUCCAAGUACCUUUUAAAGAUGUUAGAAGGGCUGAAUAGCUUACUGUGUGAAUGUGGGCAGAUCUGGGUGUGAGCUGUGGUCCGGUCACAUGUUGGUUGAGUCCUUUGAAGUUACCUAAUGUGGUUCCUCAAUUUCCCUGUUUCAAAAUAGUGGGCUGACAAGUCGUGCUGGAUUGUGGGAGGAUGCCAGGGACAGAUGACUGUAUCACGUGCUUGGUAGGGAGCCAAGCAGAGGGUCUGUGCAAUAACCGAUGACCCCUAACACUGGUGGGAUGAAUGCUGGGGCAGCGAUCUGCUUAGCAUACUUAAUAUUGGUACGUUGCUGAACCAAUGUAUCUGCCGUACAUUAUCUCAUUGACUGCCAGGUGAGAGAAACUGCCUCCGUCAUCAUAAAGCAGUAGCUGCCUCAGUUGCUCCCAGUAGCAGGGCAUCAGUGAGAAGGCUCUCGGUGGGAGAUUGUGUCUUAGAUAAUCGACAGCGGGUGGCCAGUUUGCCGCAGCAGCUUGACUCUGGACACAUUUAAGCAUCUUUUGGAUGAUCAUCCUCCAGUAUCCUCCAGACUUCCAGAUUUCGUCUUUAGUUGUCUUAUCCUUUGGUUGUUUCCUCUCCUGCCUUUACUGGACUGUGGAAGGAAGAAAUCCAUUUCAAAUCUGCUAAAGUCUUGUACCAAGCCAACAGCAUUGAUUAGAAGCAACUUAGGGAGGGAGGCUGAAGUGGAGAAUUAGGGCCUCUGGUGCUGACUGGUGGGAGUGUCUGUGUCUUCUCCCCUCCUUCAUACUCCUCAGUCCAUUGCCUGGUGAGGGGGCACCACUGUGUUUGGGGAGUGAUGAAAACCGCUGAGUGACCUUUGUAGAGGGGAAUGUGAUGCUCAGUCGGGCUGGCUUUCCAGGUUUGGGACGCCUCUGGCCCGAGUGCUGUCUUCCCUGGGCUGUGGUCAGUAGAGUGCUGCACUCAGAACCAUUGUGCUUUCUGGACCAGGAGAGUAGCUUAGGGUCCCCGUGGCCCCCUCUGCCCCAGGCUGACUAUUGGGACACUGUGAAGGUGGAUUCCUGCUUACUGAAUUAUCUCUCUCGCAGACUGACAGGCUUCCCUUUUCAUAGACCAAGCCCUGAGGAAGCUUUUGUCUCUCCUGCUCCCCUGUCUGGCUGCUGCUCAGACCCCAACUCCCGGCAUCUUGUCUUAGAGAAGGGGAAAUCCCACUCCCCGCUCAGCAUUUUCACUGUGGAGAUCGUUGCAGUGCUGGGUGUCUAUGUUACUCUCAUGGUGACUUUGUGCCACCUUCCUUCCACAUAGUCACUUUAGGCCAAGAGAAUAGGGAAUGAAAUCAAGAAAUGCAUUCCAUAUAAAAAUUACUUUUUAAUGCUCUAGUGCAGUAGAUAAUUAGCAGCGGGGCAGUGUCUGAAGCGUGGAGGCUACACUUGUUUGGGGCUCGUUUUUGCUAUCCCCAUAGGUGAUGAGUGUUGCAGUGGACAGGAUGAGACUUGGUGGAAUGAAUUGGGCAACUGAGGUGCACCCUCAGUUCCUCUCUGUGGAGUUCCUCUCUGGUGGGCACCCACCCUCUGUUUACUCUUCCUUCUCUCUCUGUUCUACUCUUCUCGUUAGAGUCACUUACAUACACUUCACAACCACGCCUAAAACUGAUUUCCUGCUAAUUAAAGAAAAAAGGAAGGCCAGUGUUUAAAAACGGUAUGAAGAUGUUUGCUAGGCCUUGUGGCAGGUUUUGCUUUUAGUUCUUCUUUUCUAAGUGCAGUAUGUGCUAUACCUCACAGAUAAUAUCCUCUUAAAAGUAAAGGAGCUGUAGCUGAAAUUCAGUGCAGGCACCCGUCUGUGUGUCUUUGUAUCUGGAAGGCCAAUCGCUUAGGAAAAGGGUGCUGAUGUGAUCUUGAAGUACCUGCCAAUUCAUGAUUUUAUGAUAUUUUGAGAUCUUGCGUGUUUUUAGGCUAGUGAGCAGAGACGUGCAGUGGAGUUUGUUUGAUCUCAGUUCAGGGUGGGGUUUAUAGUUCCACUUUGAGUAUUUCCAGCCCUGCUGUGACAAAGUGUGAAGCACUUGAAGUAGCUACUGCUUAAGCUGUGCCACCAGCGUGCCAGGCUUCUGUUGCAGUGUGGCAGACGGUAAGUGGCAGAGCCUUAGUAACAUAAGUUGACGACAUAAAAUGACAUCCAUCCUAGCAGGAGCUGGUAACUGACUGCUAGGCUUGGACAUGUACAAAGUGAGUUUCUGCAGGUUGGCUGAUCUGAAACUAAGGAAAAAUAGGUCCAGUAGAUAGAGAUUCUGUUAGAGAUGGGAGAGGUCAACCCAUGGUAUCCUAACUAACACUGUAUGCUGUGUACUCAGAUAAUGCUACUACAUGCUUGCUUAGAAUGCAUGUAGUCUUGGGUUCAAUCUCUAGAAGUGCAUGCACUGGCCAUGGUGGUAGAGGAUCUGGAGUACAUUAGACCCUAUGUUAAAAAAAUUAGGAAAAAAAAUCAAAUGAAGUCUCAAGUUUGGGCUCUUGCACAUGGCUCUUGUCUGUUAAAUGUCCAGCAUUUUUUCCCUGGCCUUUUCUAUUGUGUUUGCUUAACUUGAAUAAGGAAAGGGGGGAAAAUAGCCCCCUGAGCCCUGCCUUUUCAAUUUUAUUGUGAAAUCGAUAGUGAGGGCGUGCAGAAGCCUAUGAUGGAGGCACUCUUAUCCUUGCGGCUUUGGCCACCUGGGCGCACUGCACAGCAGUGAACCAAAUCCAGAAUGCUCAUGGUGAAUUUGUAUGCCUUCAGAACAUUGUACCUGUUCUGAUACAGUGAACUUUAAAACACUUUGUUAAAACAAAUGAAACCAUUUUUAUAAUUGUGUAGCUGUAGUUGAUUUUGAAUGUUACUAAUUGCAUACCUGAAUUUUUAUAUUCAAAAAUACAUUUUUGAGCACUGCCUUAUCUAUCUUAAGGAUCUGUUUCAUAUAAUAUUUUCUUUUGCUAACUUAUUUCAAAGAGAAAGAGUGUUGCUAGAGGGCUAUCUCUCCCUUUCACAGUUUUUUCCCCCUGUUUCUUUUCGCCAAUAAACAUAGCAUCGUGAUCUUU